UAUUACCACAUAAACAGAAACGUACAGAGUGAGAGAGAAAGAUCUAGAGUUGUGUAUAAGAGAAAAUGGAGAAGGAAACGAGUGCACACAGAUCAGCUCAUUGCUUAGUCUUAUCGUAUCCAACCCAAGGCCACAUUAAUCCUAUGCUCGAAUUCUCCAAGCGUUUAGAGCACAAAGGAGUGAAAGCUACACUGGUUACCACCUCCUCCAUUUCCAAGACCAUUCAUAAAGCUGAAAGCUCAAAUAUUGCUCUCGAGACCAUCUCCGAUGGCUACGAUGAAGGCGGCAUAAAGCAAGCAGAGAGCAUUCCAGCCUAUUUGGAGCGCUUUUGGAGAGUUGGGUCUCAAACUCUGGUCGAGCUCCUCGAGAAACUUUCUGCCUCAGGCUCUCCUGUUGAUUGUAUUGUUUAUGAUUCUUUCUUGCCUUGGGCUUUAGACAUAGCCAAGAAGUUUGGGUUAGUCGGUGCAGUGUUUUUCACUCAGUCUUGUGCCGUCGAUAACAUAUUUUACCAUGUUCACGAAGGAUUGCUGAAACUCCCUCUUUCAGAGCCUGAGAUUUUGCUUCCUGGUUUGCCACCACUCGAACCUCAGGACAUGCCUUCCUUCAUUUAUGAUUUGAAAUCUUACCCAGCUUUCUUUGACAUGCUUGUGAAACAAUUCUCCAACGUUGACAAAGCCGAUUGGGUCCUUUGCAACACGUUUUAUGAGCUGGAACAAGAGGCGGUGGAUUGGAUGGCAAAGAUAUGGCCAUUGAAGACCGUAGGACCAACGAUACCAUCUAUGUUCUUGGACAAACGUAUUGAAGACGACAGAGACUACGGUUUCAGCAUCUUCAAACCAAACACCGAUGCAUGCAUGAAGUGGCUAAAAGAUCGUCCACAAGGGUCGGUUGUCUAUGUUUCUUUCGGGAGUAUGGCCGUCCUUGAAGCUGAGCAAAUGCAAGAAAUAGCUUGGGGUUUGAGGAUGAGCAACAGCAGUUUCUUGUGGGUUGUCAGGGCCUCAGAAGAAGCAAAGCUCCCAGAAAACUUCGUGGAGGAGAUGUCGGAGAAGGGAUUGGUGCUUCAAUGGUGUCCUCAGCUGGAGAUCUUAAAUCACGAGGCAGUGGGAUGCUUUGUGACACACUGUGGGUGGAACUCUACGUUGGAGGCCCUGAGCUUUGGUGUUCCAAUGGUGGCAGUGCCGCAAUGGACAGAUCAAAGCACGAAUGCUAAGUUUAUUAUGGAUGUUUGGAAGAUGGGAUUGAAAGCUCCAGUUGAUGAGAAAGGGUUAGUCAGGAGAGAGGCUGCAGAACAUUGCAUAAGGGAAAUAUUGGAGGGAGAGAGAGGAAAAGAGAUAAAAAAGAAUGCCUUCAAAUGGAGGAAAAUCGCCAAAGAGGCUGUUGACCAAGGUGGAAGUUCUGAUAAAAACAUUGAAGAAUUUGUGGCUAAAUUGGUUCUUCAUUCCCAAGUCCUAUUGCCUUGAUCUUCACUCUCUUUUCCUAAGUUGUAGUAGUUUCUUGUAUCCAUUAUCAAUUGUGACGUAAUAAUUCUGGCUUGAUGUUAAUAUCUCUCGAUCUAAUGGUUCGAAAUCAGUCAUUAGUCGUAUCAGUAUUUCUUAAGAGUUUUUUCUGUCUAAACUUUUUG